AUGGCAGCCACCGCAAAGUACACGCCGGCGCCGACACAGGACCCUGAUCAAGGCACCUGGUCGCAGGCACCGCCGUCCUACCAGGCCGAGUCGGCCAACGCUCCCACGGGCAUCUUCUCAGACGCGCCGCGCAGUAGCGAGGACAACAUUCCCGAUGAUUUCAAGUUCGGCGGCUCUGUCGCCGAGGCCACAGUCGACAUCCGCAACCAGUUCAUCCGCAAGGUCUACACCAUCCUGACCGCGCAGCUGGUCGUCACCGCCGUCGUCAGCGGCCUCAGCUUCUGGAGCACCGACUACAAGGCCUGGAUACAGUCGCAUCCCUCUCUGGUUUGGGUCUCGCUCCUCGGCUCCAUCGUCUUCAUGUGCCUUACGUACUGGAAGCGCAAGUCGUACCCGACCAACCUGCUCUUCCUCUCCGGCUUCACGGUCCUUGAGGCCUACUCUAUCUCCGUCAUCGUCUCCUUCUACAAAACGCAGAUCGUGCUGAACGCUGUGGUACUGACGGGCGGCAUCUUCGUAUUCCUGACGCUCUUCGCCUGCCAGACCAAAUAUGAUUUUACAUCAUGGAUGCCGUAUCUUUUCGGCGCACUGUGGGGACUGGUGCUCUUCGGCUUCAUGGCCGCCUUCAUGCCCAUGGGCAGCACGGGCGAGCUCAUCUACGGUGGACUCGCCGCGUUGGUCUUCUCCGGCUACAUCCUUGUCGACACGCAGCUCGUCCUGCGCAAGCACCACGUCGAGGAGGAGAUCGCUGCCGCUAUCAGCCUGUACCUCGACAUUAUCAACCUGUUCCUGGCCAUCCUGCGCAUCCUGAACAGCCAGAGUAACAACUAG